CACACUUUAACUUUUACUUAGUUUUGAUUGAAUUUGCUCCUACAGGUGAUAUUAAGAGAGAUACGCCUAUGGUCUAUUCAAUUUAAUUAUGAAAAGGAUAUUUCAUCAAUUGCUAAUACAAUAAGCAAAUUGUUAUCUACUCAAAACUAUGGCUACACUCUUUCUGCUUCCUUUAUUUAUUUGUGACCUCUUAAGCUUUAGUUGAUUUUUCAAACCAUGACAACUAAUUGGUUAAAAGAUUUAAAUCGGAAACCUAGAUCGAAUUCAGUAAAAACUUUCAAAUCGUACGUUGAUUUAGAUUCAAACAAUUCAGAUGAUAUUGAUUCUCCUAUUUCAUCAAUACGGAGGGAAGUCAAAGAGGAGGAAAGUCAACUGGCAUGCAAUGACGACCCUUAUCCAACUCCUGUGCUCUUGAAUGGAGAAAUAGUCAUUGCUCAAGCAGAAAAUGUAUUGAAAUUUAAUACUCUCAGUGAAUUGAAUAAAGGACUUUCAGGUCUUCUUCUAUGCACGAAUUUCAAAGUGAGCUUUCUAACUGCUGAGAACUAUCCUUCUAAUUUGCAUCAAAAAAAUGCUUUGUUAGGAGAGUUCGACUUGUGCCUUAUCAAUAUUGAUGCAGUAUAUCAUGUCAAUAAUGGAAAACGAAAAAAGCUUUCUAUAUCCAAUGCAGUUUCAAACAUUGAAAUUUUAGAAAUUCAUUGCAAAGAUCUUCGAAUCUACACAUUUAGCUUUAAGUUUUCUCCUUUAAGCCAAAGAUCAGUGAUAAGUACAAUUCUACACCAUGCAUUUCCUCCCAGAAUAAAUCUGCUAUUCGCGUUUGAUUACAAAGAUAGUUCUAAAGUAUCUGAUGAAAUAGAUAGCCAUUCAUUACUUUUUACACGAGUGUGUGAUUGGGAAUCAGAACUUGAAAGAUGUAAUUGUCCUGGUUGGAGAGUCACCUUAGCAAAUGAAAAAUUCUUGUUAUGUGAAAGUCUUCCAGAAUCAUUUGUGGUUCCUUCCAUCUUAUUAGACAUGAAUCUUAACAAAACAGCUCCUCAUUUUAAUGGUCACAGAGUUCCUACAUGGAGUUGGGGCUUAUCAUCAGGUGCAUCUAUUGUACGAAUGGCAGCUUUAGAUCCUAGUAUAACAGAUAGUCGACAAAAAGAUGUAAUGGUUGAUGCUAUUAGCAGAGCAAGUCCCCGACAAGUCCCUGUUCGCAUUUUUAACUUGGAAGAAUCUGGUCCUAGCUACAAGGAUGUGCAAAAUAGCUUUUUGAAAUUAAAAGAGUUAUGUAUGCCUACAUCACCUCAAGAAUUUUGGGAAACUGAUUCUAAUUAUUUUAGCAAGUUGGAGUCUACUAAAUGGCUUCAUCAUAUUUCAUUUUGUUUAAAAACUGCUCUACAGGCAUGUACAAGUAUAUUAAAAAAUACUACUGUGAUAUUCUCUGAGCAUGAAGGGAGAGACCUGAAUUGUAUAGUUUCCAGCUUGGUACAAUUGAUGUUAGAUCCUAUAUACCGAAGUAGAUCUGGUUUUGAACUAUUAAUUCAAAAAGAAUGGGUAGCUUUAGGUCAUGCAUUCACUGAAAGACAUCAUUUAAUUAGUGGCUCUGAAUCAGAAGAGGCUCCUGUAUUCCUAUUGUUCCUUGAUUGUGUCUGGCAACUUACAGAACAAUGCCCUACUGUUUUUGAGUUUUCUGAAACAUACCUGACAUCUCUUUGGGACAGCUGUCAUGUCAGUGUUUUUGAUACAUUUUUAUUCAAUUGUCACAAAAAUAGAUUUGAAGCACUAUCUUCUCACAGUGAGAGCAACAGCUUCCAGCUGCAAAGUGUUUGGAAAUGGUCACGGCAGUUUUCAAGAAAUGAUUUGAGACUUUUUGCAAAUCCUUUAUACAUCUUAAACAAGUACGCUGCAUCCCCCACCAAAACAUUGCAUAAAACAGAGCGGCCAAAAUCAUUUAGUAGUCUGAGAGAUGCUGGACAUUCUCAGUCCCGCCCCUUAACGGUUAAAAAGCUAGAAAUUGAGCCUUUAGUUUGGGAAGAUGAUGAAGAAAAUCUUUUAAAGAUAGAUCCUUAUAUAAAAUCUUUAAAAUUUUGGCACCAGUGUUAUCUAAGAUGGAUUCCUCUGGCACAUAUUCUUGGAGGAGGCCCUCCUGUUCUCUUUCUAAAUAAUUUGAAAAUUAAUGCUGAGAUUCAGGUUGUUGAAAAGAAAAUAAAAAAUUUGAGUAAUCAGGCAUUGCAGCCAAAAGUUCCGUCUAGACACCGAAGAGCAGCGUCUGAUGACUACACACUCUCUGCUGAAGUUAUUGAUCCCGGUCACACUCAAGAUGGCACCUCUGUGAUUACAUCUGCCUUUCCUUUUGCACCUGUGGCACCGUGGGAUUGGACAUCUUAUCAUUUUGCACCUUCAACAUCUUGUCUCCAAAUUAGUUAUUCUGAAAUUGAAGAGCUUGAUGAUUAAUUAAAUACUGUGGUAUCAAAAGUAAAUAUAAAGUUCUUGCUAAUUUCAUGAUGAUUAACAUUUUUUGUGGAGAUUAUCAUAUGGGAGAAAUUUUCUCUUCAGCCUGGAAUUAACUUUACUAAAAUUUUGCUAGUGAAACUUAUUUUCAAUUUCCAUUUGUCAUCUAUAAUUUUACCUACUUAUAUUUUACGUAAUGUUGAUCAUUAACAAAAGUUUUAGAAUUGUGAAAUCUGAAAAUAUUUUAUUUGCAUUUCAAUACCAAAAAAAAGUAUAAUGAAGAACAGAACACUUACAUGUUCAAUUUAAAAGUAUGCAAAUUUACUAAUUAAUUAAGCUAUAAACAGUUCUCUAAGAGUGUUUAAUCCUAACAAAUAGAUUAAUAUGUAUAUAUAUUACUCUUGCUGGCUCUUUUUUUUU